AUGUUCGAAAAGAUUCUCCAACACCUAGUUCAAUUUUCAGAUGACUUGCAAAACGAAUCUAGACCUACGAUCGACUGUGGGGUAUUAACCCAACUCCAACGCAUUCAUGUUUCGCGCGCCAAUGAGCCGAAGUACAGCUCAGACUGGGAUCCAUCUCUUCCUCUUCCAUAUCCAUCCUCUCCACACGACUCUUUUGAUCCCCUUCUUUUCUCUCGCGAUGGAACCCAAUUUACUCUAUGUCAACAAACCGUUGACGCCCAGAUGCAGGAGAUCACUACCUGCCGACCUGUCCAGAUGACAGGAUCCGAUCAUCCAGCUGUGUCCUAUAUCGGCUCGGGACUACUGAGCGCUACGCGGAAUGCGAGUGGAUCGUGCUCAUCCACGGACAAGAGCCUCUCCGGCUCAGUCGGUUCGCCCCCCUUUACCACCAACCGACGGGGCCCUGGUUUUGGUUCCCAAGCCGCCUCAGCAUGGAAGGCUCAGCAGAUAGCUCAGGAGGAAGCCGCCGAGGAAGCUCAAAAAAGGAUGGCUGACAAAUUGGUAGAUGAGUCUAUCAUCCCUUCACAAGACCCUUCCUCGCGACCUAAGUCGACCAACGUCUUCGUGGCCAACUUCCCUGCUCAUUGGGGGAAGAGUGAUCUGUGGGAUCUGUUCGAAGGGAUCGCAAUUGCAUCAGUAAAUUUGCCUUUUAUUCUCUUUGUGCAUGUGAUUACGGACAGCGGAAUGGGUGGCGAUGCAAACGCGAGUGGGGGAACGGGUUUCAUCAAUGUGAUUCGACGAGAAGACGCCGAGGCUUUGCUCGGCUUGCUGGACAAGAAGAUCUGGCUGAUCGAGGGAUCCGCUCUCAAGUUCCGGGCUGCGAAUUCUUCAGCACCCACCGAGAUGAUCCAUUCGCAUCCAGCCCACAGGAAUCGGACCAUCCGACGCCACCCUCACAAAGUCUUGGAUCGAUUACGAUCCGAGCAAUUCCCGGGUACAGACAGACAUCCACGCCCUACACCUGCGACUGUUCUUCCGCUAGCUACGAUGUCGACAAAUAUUCCAGCUCCUCGAUCCCUAAGGCUCGCCGGAUUUCUCGAAGUAGGGGGUGCACAAGUCGGCUAUAUACCACAGGCAUCUGGUGUAGCAUCUUGCUACGUCACACCCUACACGGUCUUCCCACGACUACAGCCCAUCAAUGCUCCUGGGUAUCUCCGCACUUCAGGCUACAGAGGCAAUGAGGAGAAUUAUCCUGAAUUUUCUUGGAUGCCAAACUGA